AUGGAUUCCAACUUAUGGUACGCUAUGCUCAAUGACACCCUCUGCUAUGCCAAUCUCUGGGUGCUGGCCUGUAUGAUUGUGGUCGUCUUCGCCUGGCAGUCCUCCGGCCGUCUCUCUGCCCACCUCCGUCGCCUCGCUAGCUUUACCGACCACCGUCAGACCUACCAUCGCAUUCCUAAUUUCCAUGUGGCCUGGUUGAAGCGACACCUUCUGGAUGCGCCGCUGCUGCGCUCUCGACAUAACCAGGAAUGGCAGCUCUCCCGCGCCGUCAACAUGGGCACCCUGCCCAGCCGCUUCCAUACCCUGCUCCUGACCGUCAUCGUCGUCAUGAAUGUCGUCUUGUGCACCAACACUGUGCCCUAUGGAUCGAAGGAAUCAACUGUCGCGGAGCUGAUUCGCAACCGAACCGGUUACAUGGCCACCGCCAAUCUGUUCCCCCUUCUGGUCAUGGCUGGCCGGAACAACCCCUUGAUCCCGCUUCUGCGCGUUUCGUUCGACACCUGGAAUCUGCUGCACCGGUGGUUAGGCCGCAUUGUCGUACUGGAAGGGCUGGCUCAUGUCAUUGCCUGGGGUGUGCCCAAAGUGCAAACCUAUGGCUGGUCGACCGCACUCGGCACCUUGAAGAAACCCUUCAUGUUCAAUGGUCUCAUGGGAAUAGUGGCGAUGCUCUUCAUCCUUGUUCAAUCACCUUCCCCCAUCCGACAUGCCUUCUAUGAGACUUUCCUCCACCUUCACAUUGGGCUGGCCUGUGUGUCUGUGGGAUUUCUCUGGCAUCAUGUUUACCGGUACUCCUGCCGUUACUAUCUUUAUGCCGCCGUCGCCUUCUGGGCGUUUGAACGACUUGCGCGGCUGCUGAUCCUGAUCUACCGCAACUAUGGGUUUGGUCGCCGCACAACCGCCUAUCUCGAGGCACUGCCUGGCGACGCCGUCCGCGUCACUCUGCAACUCGCUCGUCCAUGGACCUUCUCGCCGGGCCAAUACUGUUUCGUCUACAUCCCGAAGCUCGGGGCCUGGACCUCGCACCCCUUCUCCAUCGCCUGGGGUGAGACCGGUCAGACCUUGCUGGGGUCGUACAGCGAGAAGAUGGCCGAAGUGGAGUUGGGCAAUGACCACGGCCAACCUGGGCUGGAGUCUUGCAAGGUCAAUACUGUUUCUCUGCUCGUGCGACGUAGGACCGGAUUCACCGACAAGUUGUUUACGGAAGCAUUUGCCUACGCGCGCACCCGCUUACCCCCGGACACGAUCAGCACUUCGCCGCGAUCGACCACGACGGAUAUUUCCACGGCAGCCAUGCCGGUCACUGCUUUCGUGGAGGGGCCAUAUGGCAACCUCCACUCGCUCGACUCCUACGGCACCGUUCUCCUGUUCGCCGGUGGAGUGGGCAUCACCCACUGCCUGCCCUUCAUCCGCCAUCUGGUCCAGGGCCACAGCGAUGGAACGGUAGCCGCCCGACGCGUCACUCUCGUAUGGGUCAUCCAAUCACCUGAACAUCUGGACUGGAUUCGACCGUGGAUGACUACAAUCCUGGGCAUGGAAGGCCGCCGCGACGUGCUGCGGAUCCAGCUGUUCGUGACGCGCCCGAGAAACCCCCGGGAGAUCAGGAGCCCCAGCGCAACCGUGCAGAUGUUCCCGGGCCGCCCAGAUGUGGGCACUCUCGUCCAAAUGGGAAUCGAGAAUCAGGUCGGGGCGAUGGGUGUGAUGGUCUGCGGCAAUGGCGGUUUGAGCGAUGAUGUCCGUCGGGCCUGUCGACAGCGACAGGGCCGUACCCAGCUGGAUUAUAUCGAGGAGAGCUUCACGUGGUGA